AUGAACGGCCGGUAUGUGAGUCAGGGCAAACUCGGGGCUGCGGUGCUGGGGAGCCACACGACCAGAGAGUACAAGCUGCUGCUGUAUCUGAGUCAACAAAAACAAGUGUCAGCGACCAAACUACACACAGGCUUUGUUUUCACGGUUCAGCCCAAUAACUACUGCACUUUCUACGACGACCAGAGACAGAACUGGUCUUUACUGUUCGAGUCUGAGAAGGCUUCCUCCGACUUCUGUAAAGAGGUGUGUGUGGCCAAAGCCAACAGUUGUGCGUCUCUGGAGGCCGUGGUGUCCCAGGACCUGUGUCUGGGGGAGGGGCAGGGCGUGGAGCCAGGGGCCUCUGUGGAGGUGCUCUACAGCGGCUGGCUCCUGGAGGACCACAGCAUCGGACAGAUGUUUGACACAAACCAGAACAAAGAUAAACUACUUCGACUUAAACUUGGAGCUGGUAAAGUUAUUAAGCCUCCUGGUGUUACCAUCUGGUGUUCCCACAUGGUGUUUCCACCUGGUGUUUCCUCCUGGUGUUUCCUCCUGGUGUUUCCACCUGGUGUUCCCUCCUGGUGUUUCCUCCUGGUGUUACCUCCUGGUGUUCCCUCCUGGUGUUGCCUCCUGGUGUUACCUCUUGGUGUUUCCUCCUGGUGUUACCUCGUGGUGUUCCCUCCUGGUGUUCCCUCCUGGUGUUUCCACCUGGUGUUCCCUCCUGGUGUUCCCUCCUGGUGUUUCCUCCUGGUGUUUCCACCUGGUGUUCCCUCCUGGUGUUUCCUCCUGGUGUUUCCUCCUGGUGUUUCCACCUGGUGUUCCCUCCUGGUGUUUCCUCCUGGUGUUUCCUCCUGGUGUUUCCUCCUGGUGUUUCCUCCUGGUGUUUCCUCCUGGUGUUUCCUCCUGGUGUUUCCUCCUGGUGUUUCCUCCUGGUGUUACCUCCUGGUGUUUCCUCCUGGUGUUUCCUCCUGGUGUUACCUCCUGGUGUUCCCUCCUGGUGUUUCCUCCUGGUGUUACCUCAUGGUGUUCCCACCUGGUGUUUCCACCUGGUGUUUCCACCUGGUGUUCCCUCCUGGUGUUUCCUCCUGGUGUUCCCACCUGGUGUUACCUCCUGGUGUUUCCUCCUGGUGUUUCCUCCUGGUGUUUCCUCCUGGUGUUUCCUCCUGGUGUUUCCUCCUGGUGUUUCCUCCUGGUAUUACCUCCUGGUGUUCCCUCCUGGUGUUUCCUCCUGGUGUUACCUCCUGGUGUUCCCACCUGGUGUUUCCUCCUGGUGUUCCCUCCUGGUGUUUCCUCCUGGUGUUCCCACCUGGUGUUACCUCCUGGUGUUUCCUCCUGGUGUUUCCUCCUGGUGUUUCCUCCUGGUAUUUCCUCCUGGUGUUUCCUCCUGGUGUUUCCUCCUGGUGUUUCCUCCUGGUGUUCCCUCCUGGUGUUUCCUCCUGGUGUUACCUCCUGGUGUUCCCACCUGAUGUUCCCUCCUGGUGUUUCCUCCUGGUGUUCCCUCCUGGUGUUCCCUCCUGGUGUUUCCUCCUGGUGUUUCCUCCUGGUGUUACCUCCUGGUGUUCCCACCUGGUGUUUCCUCCUGGUGUUUCCUCCUGGUGUUUCCUCCUGGUGUUUCCUCCUGGUGUUUCCUCCUGGUGUUUCCUCCUGGUGUUACCUCCUGGUGUUUCCUCCUGGUGUUACCUCCUGGUGUUCCCUCCUGGUGUUUCCUCCUGGUGUUACCUCCUGGUGUUCCCACCUGGUGUUUCCUCCUGGUGUUUCCUCCUGGUGUUUCCUCCUGGUGUUCCCUCCUGGUGUUCCCUCCUGGUGUUACCUCCUGGUGUUCCCUCCUGGUGUUCCCUCCUGGUGUUACCUCCUGGUGUUCCCUCCUGGUGUUUCCUCCUGGUGUUUGCUCCUGGUGUUCCCACCUGGUGUUUCCUCCUGGUGUUUCCUCCUGGUGUUCCCUCCUGGUGUUUCCUCCUGGUGUUUGCUCCUGGUGUUCCCACCUGGUGUUUCCUCCUGGGCUGGGAGGAGGGCAUGAUCGGGAUGAAGAGGUCGUCUCGUCGUCUCAUCGUCGUUCCUCCAAACCUGGCGUACGGAUCCAAGGGCGUCCAGAACCGCAUCCCCCCCAACGCCACGCUGGUGUUUGAGGCAGAGAUCCACAGGGUGAAGUUUGGGAAGCACUCGGGCUCAGACCAGGGCAGCAGGAAGAACUCUGCUGCUCCUUCUCCUGUUCCUGCUCCUUCUCCUGCUCCUUCUCCUGCUCCUUCUCCUGCUCCUUCUCCUGCUCCCUCUCUAGCCCCCAGCGUGGACGUUCUGGCCCCUGAACCGGUCACACAGCCUCAGCUGACUCCCACAGGACCAGGGAGACCAACGUAA